GACUUGGUGCUUUCAAAGGCCAAGUUAACGUAAAGAGGGAGAGGAGAUGAUAAGGCAGAGAACGAAAAGGGGGAACGACAAGCGCUGCAGAGAGAGUCUGCGUGCGACCAUGAGAAGCCUGGGAAGAAUAGAGACUAAUUGGGAGAGCGACGCUGUUGCAUAUGCACAACACGUCUGCUGUUACUGCACAACUCGAAUAACAGACCCACCGACUUCCCACGCGCCGUGAGAAAACAUUUCUUUACGUGUCGUCUAUCGUGUGUCUCGUGUACGACUACCUACUGACGCUCUCAAAGUUUAAUCCUUUCUAAUCGUCGAGAUUAAAUUGGUGUUUUUCUUCGUCUGCAGUCCAAGAUAAAUGUACUCCUUUGUAUGAGUGUAUUCAUGCAAGUGAUCUCCCGACUUCUGUACAGAAAACGCGCUGCCUGUUACGAAACAAACGCAUAGAAGAAUUUCCUGUGAUGUUACUGCGUAUGCUGAAGCGCACAACAUGCGUGUCCAGGAGUCUGUUUACAGAUGCCAACAACUCGCAGAUAUCUGCUGUCGGUGCCUUAGUGAAAGAGAAAGCGAGCGUUGAGGAACAAAACAUACUGACAGAUACUUUUGGGCGAUAUCACACGUAUUUACGGAUAUCACUGACAGAAAGAUGCAAUUUGAGAUGUCAGUAUUGCAUGCCGGAGGAAGGUGUCACUUUAACAAAGAAAGAAAAGUUGCUGACUACGGAUGAGAUCGUCUACCUGGCUGAACUCUUCGUUAAACAAGGAGUUAGGAAAAUAAGACUGACUGGUGGUGAACCUACUGUCCGGAGGGACAUUGUAGACAUUGUCGGUGCCUUGAAGAAAAUAAAAGAUCUCGAAAGUGUCUUAAUGACAACCAAUGGCCUCAUGUUGACAAGACAGCUGGUUGCCUUGCAGAGGGCAGGGCUUGACGGUCUGAACAUCAGCUUAGACACCCUGCAGUCCCAACGCUACAACCAGAUCACGAGGAGGAAAGGCUGGGAGCGUGUCAUGGCUGGCAUAGAUCUAGCCUUGCAACUUGAAUACGACCCUGUGAAGAUAAAUUGUGUUGUAAUGCGAGGUUUUAAUGAAGAUGAAGUGUGCAGUUUUGUGGAGUUAACAAAAGAGAAAAAUGUUGAUGUAAGAUUUAUCGAGUACAUGCCUUUCAGCGGCAACAAAUGGAAUGAUGGGAAGAUGGUCUCAUUUAGUGAAAUGCUCCAAAUAAUUAGAAAGCAGUGGCCUGAUUUUGAACCUCUUCCCAAUGGGCCCAAUGAUACCUCAAAGGCAUACCAUGUCCCAGGCUUCAAGGGACGUGUGGGAUUUAUUACCUCAAUGAGUGAACACUUCUGUGGCACGUGCAACCGUUUACGGAUAACAGCUGAUGGCAAUUUGAAGGUGUGUCUCUUUGGGAAUUCAGAGAUAUCUCUCAGAGAUGCAAUACGAAGCAAAUGCAGUGAGGAUGACUUGCUUGCCAUGAUUGGGGCAGCAGUGAGAAGAAAGAAGAAACAACAUGCAGGUGGCACUGAACUUGAUGGCUGCAGUGAUGUCGUGAAGGCACAAAGUCGGAAGUUGUUAAACCUUCAGAAACAAGAUUUUCAAAAGUACUUCUUCUCAGAUACCAAUAUUCCGCCCCUGUUUGUGUCGGAUACACAGAUGUCUCAGUUGUUAUCACAUAAUUUGAGUGUAGUGACUGAAUCUAGAAAACAGUUUCUUUUGCUUCCCUGUACCUUAAGCAUUAUGUGCAAUGCAAGACUCCUAACAAGACAAACGCACAGAGCACAGCCCUCUGUCUUCUCUUGCCGUUUCUGCAGUUCGGGAGCACAGUCCGGAAGUCUGACUCAUGUCGACCGGACCGGCAGAGCGAAAAUGGUCGACGUGGGUUCGAAGGCGGUGACAGAACGGACUGCUACAGCACAAGCAAAGGUUUUUGUGGGACCUGAACUGAUGAAACUCGUACAAGAAAAUGGCCUGAAGAAAGGUGACGUACUGAGCAUUGCUCGCCUGGCGGGAAUUGUGGGGGCCAAGCAGACGUCCAGCCUUAUCCCUCUGUGUCAUAACAUAUCUUUAUCCUCUGUGGCUGUAGACAUUGAACUAGACUCUGCUCUCAACUGUGUGAUUAUAACUGGCACGGCAAAGUGUAGAGGGCGGACGGGCGUGGAGAUGGAAGCUCUCACUGCUGUAUCGGUGUCCGCCUUAACAGUGUACGAUAUGUGCAAAGCUGUGAGUCAUGACAUUGUGAUAUCUGAAAUAAUGCUUCUGGCCAAAAGUGGGGGAACUAGAGGAGACUUCCACCGGACAUGAGCAUCUGUGUGGGUCAGUGAAAUAAGUUAAGUAUACCUGGUGUGAUGUAGGUAAAUUUCAAAGUCUGUUCGUAGUUAUCAUAAAUUAUACACACAUCGAAUUGGCCUGAAUACAAGUUGCACCUUUAAUUUCGAAAAAGACAGAAACUUAAUGAAAAAUAAUUUGUCAAGUUACCCAUUUACAAAAGCUUUUCAAAAUGUGAUUACCCUUAACCACUUUUUUUUUAGUAUACUGUAGACAAAUUACACAUAAAAACAAAGCUUUCAAUUGCAGUUUUCAUGUAAGACACUGUUAACUUCACUAACAGUCAUUGUUUUGUCACUGUCAGUAUUUUUGUCACUCUCCUCCCAAAGUACAGUGCCGUCGCUACAAUCCCGGUCAUUGCAUGUGCAGCAUUUCUUGAACCGUACCUUUAAAAAGCACAUCUGUUAGAUGAAUAACUGUGAGUUUGAAAUUUGCAAUGUAACUGUACCGAAUUCCAAAAUUUUCUCUCAAUGUUGUGCUUCAUUAGUGAAGAAUAAAUUAUAUUCUUUAGUUAGAGAAAAACUGUGCCUGUCCCAUUGUCUAAAAUAGUGAAACUGUGAAAAUGGUAAUACAGAGGGAUCCAGAAAAAUGUAGACUCUCUUUGAUAGUCAAUAAUGAUGGAACAAAACGGCAUAGUGUCAAAAUUCUUGCAUGGGAGGAAGAUCAUUUUGUGUGUUCAAAGUGACACGUGUUAGCAGCCAAGCAGCAUCAACGCUGCUGAAUUGUUGACUGAAGUACAGCUGUCAGUGUUGCCGGCGUGGUAGCUGCACAGGAUGUCUUGAUGGUUUCUCAUAUCUCAUUCAGUGUAGCUGGGUUCUGUUGGCAAACUUUGUUUGUCGAGGUCCCCCAUUGGUAGAAGUCGAGAAUUGUAAGGUCCCGUGACCUUGGUGGGCACUUGACAGCUCCUCUUCGACUUAUCCAUCGUCCAGGUAGAUUUUCAUCUAAGUAGAAUCUGAUAUCUUUGUGGUGGUGAGGCGGAGUACAGUCUUGUAGGUAAAAAUCUUUUAUUUCCAAACACCUCUUGGAUGGCUAAUAAAAUCAAUGUUUGCAGCAUAUGAUACAACUCACCAGUUAUGUACCUUCAAAGAAGAAUGGGUCAGAGAAACAAUACUAUGACGGACCACACCACACAUUAACACCAAGUGAAGUAACAUGUUUGUCCAUGUGAACAUGAGGAUUUUCAGCAGCCCAGUACACGCAGCUAUGACAGUUUACAUUACCAUUCAGGUUGAAUUGCGCGUCAUUAGGCCAGAUAACCUUCCCUGCAAACCAUUCAUCUUCGUGAAGCAUGCCUUCAGACCACUCGUAGUGCUCCAUCCUUCGAUUCGGGUUGUCCUCAUUCAUAGUGUGAAACAAUCUUGGAAUGUACACUUUCCACUUUGCAGUCCUCAGAAUUUAUCAUGCACUUGAUCAGCUUACCCCACUUCCCCAUACACCCUGCUUCAUUGAUUUUUGAGAUGAUCUAGAAAAAUGUUGCAAUACAGCAGUGCUGGAACCUGGAGGUUGAUGUUCUUGUUCGGCGGACCUUUCCAUGUGCACAUUUUAAACAGUAUUGUCGGCUUAAAAUUUAUCCCAAAUACAAUAAAUUGUUGUAUAUGUUGGUGGCUGAGAUCCGUACACAUUAUGCCAUUGCCAUUGCACCUCCAUCGUGUUUUCGUACUUACAGUACCACUUCAGUACAGCCUUGCAUUGCUCAAACAAUAGUUGUACUUCAUUCAGUGCUGCAUUGUCAUCUUCUGGAAACCCACAUGACAAGAUCUGUGGGGAAAACAGUGGUUUAUGCUACCACUCAAAAUUGCAGCCUUAUAACACUUUGUUCCAAAGGUAAUAACUAUCAGAGAAUGUCUACAUUUUUCUGGAUCUCUAUGUAGUCUCUACCUAAAUGGGAUAUCAACAAAGAGAACGUUUGCAUUGCUACCUCAUACACAACAAUUGCUUUACAAACUGUAGUGAUAUUUUUGUUUCAUUUCAAACUUAAGAAGAAGCACUACAGUUGAGGUUUCUAUGAUUCAUAAAAGUCCCAGUUUUUAUGGGGUGUGCUGUACACUCUAAUUUUUUUGGACAUUUUUUGUAGAAAUGGUGUAGCUUAUAUUCAGGCCAGUAUGGUACCUGUUUCCCUCCUGUUUUAAGUCUUAAUUCUAAAUACUUAUCUUUCUUUUUCCAAUACCUGAUCAAUUUGAGAGAGAUAUUUAAAACAAAAAAUAAGUCCUAGCAAGUAUGUUAAUUUGCUAUUGUUAAAACUAUUUCUCGUGCAUGUUCUCUACAAUUUUGAUAUGACACCACCUCCACUCUUAUCUUGUUGCCAGUAAAAAGUGAGUAAGUAGGUCAUUAAACUCUCUCUCUCUCUCUCUCUCUCUCUCUCUCUCUCUCUCUCUCUCUCUCUGUGCCCUCCCCCAGCAGUGUGGUAGUGUCCUCUUUGUUGCUCUAUUGUUUCAAUUUUUGAUGGUCCUGUGCUGUGAUAAGUUGAGGUGAAGUGUUCAUUCUUAAAUAUAUAGUGUAUAUCAGCUCUUUUCUCCUAGGAUCAGGUUGUCAUUGCUGUGUUCAUUGAUGUAAAAUGACACUUUUUUUAACAGUUCCUAAAAGGUGCACCACUUCAUUGACACUUUUGUUCAGGUGUGGAGCGUAUGGGCCAGACUAAUUUACAUGUUUCAACUUUACAUUGUAUCGUAUCCUCUUUUUUAAAGGCCUAUUAUCUUUCUUGUGUGCGACUUGUCCAGAGAUUGAAAAUGUUUUAUUUUGUAAGUUACCAAUCUAGAACGGGUUUCUGUCAGUUUAAUUCUUCAGGUUUUUCCAGAAGUUUGCUGAAAUUCCCGAGUUGUCCUUUGCACAGUUGGACAUCAUUGUCUUCCUCGCAUAUUUUGGUGACAUUAGUCGUUGCUUUUACAAAGUGCUACUUGAGACUGAUUGUCAGAUGGAGCAGGUCUGUAAUGUGUUCCCUCUGCCUUCCUGCUUCAUCUGCAAUCUGCUCUGACAGACACCAUCCUCGGGUAUCUGUGUUGCAUGAUAUUCCGAGUGCCAUCUACACUCACGGGCCCGAUCCUCGUGUGUUAUGUUUUCAGUCCAAGCUGGCUGGUAGAAUUCUGUUCGCAGGCUGUCCCCGUUUGGGGACAAGGAUCGGCAGGGCAUGAAACCCUAAUCUUUCAUCUUUCAGUUAACUCAAAUGUCGAGUGUCACUUUUUUCAUGUACUGCGGUUACAAAUAUAAGAAAAUACAAAAUGAAAAUUUCUCAACAUAGUCAUGUUUCUUUUCAGUAUGUUUCUCAGAUCAGUACACUGCAAUGUAAAUAUUCCAUUAAAAGAAUAUAUUUUUGAUUGUUUCUUCAGUCAAAGAUGCAUUGCCUUUUUGACUUAACAAUCAAUGUCAAAUCAUUGUCCCUCAAACAAUCCUGCAGGGGUUUGACAACAUGAGACCAUGGCUUUAUGGAGGAUCACCUAGAAUUUGCUGCCGUCUUUUCUGACAUGAUUUUAAAUCAAUGCUAUCAUCACUGUUUCUUUUGCUUAGGGUUUUGAGUCUAGGAAUGAUGCAAACAAUCAGCAGUUUAUUUCUUUCUUUCGUGAUCUUUUUUCUCCUCCCUAUCCCCCUUUCUUCUUUCAUUUGGUAGCCUCGAGCAAAUUGAAUAUUCCUGCUUUUGUUUGUGUUUAUUAAUCUGUUUGUGCCUCUAAUUCUUAAAAGAAUUCAUUAUAACACUAAUACUCUGAAGCAGCAAAUUUGGGGAAAAAGAGCUGCAUUCAUUUAUGCUGUUGUAAAAUGGAGGAACUGGUUGUAGUUGGAAAAAAAAUCUGCCUUUUACAGCUGCUGAUUUUUGUCAUUUAUUUUACGUAGCCCACCCAUGAUGUACAAUCAGGUCUUCCUUUUUAUGAUGUAUUUUUUAUAAGAAUGUUGAAAUAUAGAUGAUUGUUAUGCAUGUUUGCAGCAGCUAAACUUGAAUAUUGUACUUAAAAAUGUUAUUUGUUGUCUUUUUUAAAUUAAAUUGUUAUGUUUAAGAAGUGAAUUAAAUAAUUGUUAUCUGUGACAUAAUUUUGUAGCAGCUAAAAUUAAAUUCUGGUCUUCAAUAUUUUAAUUGUUAUAGUUUGGGGUAUGAUUGUUGAACUUAGAAAAUGAAUGUGUGCCUUGUGCACUAUGUUGUUACAGUAAUUUGGAGUUUAUUUUGUAUAUCAUCUGGUGUAAAUUAUAAGGUAUUUAAUAAAGGUGAAAGUAAUAAUGCUGUU